AUGGGCUCCCGACUACACAAUGCCCCCAUUGUCAUCGACAAUGGCAGCGGCACGAUCCGAGCAGGGUUCGCAGGAGAAGACGUGCCCAAAUGCUACUUCCCUUCGUACGUGGGCCGGCCGAAGCAUGUACGGACCAUGGCAGGUGCAUUGGAGGGUGAUCUUUUCAUAGGCCCACAGGCACAGCAAUACAGGGGACUGUUCAAGAUCAACUACCCAUUGGAGCAUGGCAUUGUCACAGACUGGGAUGAUAUGGAGAGGAUAUGGCAAUAUCUAUACACGGAAGGCUUGAAGACUGUCAGCGAAGAUCAUCCAGUCCUUCUCACAGAACCUCCGCUGAAUCCUCGAGACAAUCGUGAUACUGCUGCCCAGAUACUCUUUGAGACGUUCAACGUGCCAGCGCUAUACACUUCCGUCCAGGCCGUUCUCUCCCUAUACGCCUCAGGCAAGACAACUGGACUGGUACUGGACUCGGGCGAUGGUGUGUCGCAUGCAGUCCCAGUCUUCCAAGGCUUUGCGAUCCCCAAUAGCAUACGGAGAAUCGACGUGGCCGGCCGGGAUGUAACAGAGCACUUCCAGCAACUACUACGGAAAAGUGGACGAAUCUUCCACACGAGUGCAGAGAAGGAAACGGUCAAGAACAUCAAGGAAACCACAGGCUACGUAGCGCUCGAUCCGGCAAAAGAGGAAAAGGACUGGUCUGGAUCAUCGAGAUCAGAGGGCAAGAGCGUCGACUACACACUACCGGAUGGGCAGAAACUGAAGGCGAGUCUAGAAGAGAGUCACACAACUGGGACGUGGACAGAGGCUGACAAGAAGCAGAUUGGUGCAGAACGAUUCCGGGCGCCAGAAAUCCUUUUCAACCCUGAGAUCAUCGGGCUCGAGUACCCUGGAGUACACCAAAUCGUCGUCGAAGCGAUACAUCGGACCGACAUGGACCUACGCAAAGCCCUCUACGGUAACAUUGUGCUCUCAGGUGGUUCCACGUUGACCAAAGGGUUUGGAAACCGACUGCUCCACGAGGUGCAGCGGUUGGCGGUGAAGGAUAUGAGGAUCAAGAUCUUAGCACCGCCAGAGCGAAUAUACACCACGUGGACGGGAGGCAGCAUUCUCGCGGGCCUCAGCACGUUCAAAAAGAAAAAGACGAAUGGCAAGAAAACCCAGACAUUAUCCACACCAAAUUCGCCUAAUGCGGCACAAUGCACAAUGCGUUGUUGGGGUUUUUGGUGGCAUGGCAGCCCAUCCGCAACAGACAGCCUCCGACUUUUGUUUCUCCACCCCCGUCCUCGUUGCCGCGUCGAGAAGAGCAUGUUCGAGAAUGGAUGGGCAGGUGGAGGAGGGAGGAGGAGGGAGGUGUACAAUAGGCUUGUUAGUCAUAGUUUCGGCCUCGGUCUCGAGGCGGAGCCGGGGAUCCAACACUCGUGCCAGGAGCAAGGGGAGGGCGAUUGGGAGGGCAAUGGACGGCGGACCGAGAGAGAGUGGGCAGCGGACGUUUUGAUCUUGAUCUACCGUGUCAGCCGAUGGUGCCCCUGA